AUGGCAGCCGUGGACCCGACAUAUCCUCUCUACCCCAUCGCCUGCCUCUUGGCUUCAGCGAUGCUGCUUCUCGUCCUCUUGACCAGCUUUAUCCGCAAAAGCUGGAAUCUCGGUGUUGCAUUUCUCUGUUUCUGGCUCUUCUUCGAGCUUCUGACCGCCGGUAUUGAUGCUAUUAUAUGGUCCGAUAAUGCAGUCAUUAAGCUGUACGUGUACUGCGACAUCGUGACACAUAUGCAAGUCAUCACUGGGAUUGUGAAACCUAUGGCCACGCUGAUCAUUACUCGCCGGCUGUAUCUAAUCACCAGCCUACGAUCCAUAGAGCCCCCUACAAAAACGGCAAGGCGCAGAAAUCUUGCGAUAGAGUGGGGGCUUGGUCUGGGCAUUCCUCUUCUGGUUGCAGGGCCUUUCUAUUAUGUAGUUCAGUGGCUUCGGUUUGAGGUCGACGAGGGCUUUGGCUGCAGCAACACCCCCGAUAAUUCGAUACUCGGCAUUUUGCUUCUUAAUUCAUGGAAUGUGUUACCUCCCCUGAUGUCCAUCACUGUCUACUAUCCCCAUGUGGCCCGAAGUUUCUAUCGUCAUAAUCGGGAGAUCAACCAAUUCUUACAAAGUAACGGUUCAGUGACCCGCACUGACUACUUCCGCAUCCUUGCUCUGGCAAGUAUUGAUAUCCUGCUCACCUUGCCUAUGGGAAUCGCGACGAUCGUCUUGACUGUGGAUGGCAUUGUAUCUUCCGGUCACUUCCCAUUUUACUUUGGCUGGACCUACGACCACACGGACUGGCAGCCGGCAAGCUUCUCCUAUGCGGACAUAGUGUCCGUCGGGCCUUUCGACGUAGCAGACUUCUACUUCAUUAAUUGGACAUCACCCGUCCUCGCCUUCGUCAUAUUUGGCCUCUUCGGCAUCACACCGGAAGCCCGCGCAUCGUACUGGCGCGUCAUAUGCACUAUUGGAGGCUGGUUCGGCUGGCAACCCAAGCCUCGCGCUCGCAGGGCGCGUUCGCCGCUGGGAGAUAUCGAGUUCGGCGAGCGUCCUGCUCAGAACUCGAUGUCGCUUGGUCUCGAGUCGAAUCCAAGCUACGUCGAUCCCAACGCCCGCGCGCAAGGUGAGGUCGUCGGGAGUGGAGAUGCAAGAAACGACGACGCCAUAGGAAGUGGGUCGGAGAAGGACGAGAUUGAGGAUGUGCACCGUUCUGCGACGUGCUCGGACGCAGAGCGCGCGGCACAGCCACACCCGGGUGGCUCCCGCGAAGACAGCUUCGGCGACGCGUCGGCUGUGGUGUGA